AUGUCAAGCUGGUAUAAGACGUUAAGCAUUAUUCUCGCGGUGGUCUCGGCUAAGAACGACUACGCCAACCAGAUCGUUUUAAAGCUUGCCUGUGCUAUUAAUAAAACAGGUAAUCGCACGCUGGGUGUUAUUAUAAAGCCGGAUACUCUAAUCCCUAGUUCUGGAAGUGAAGCCAUAUAUAUCUCCCUUGCAAGGAACUAA